AUGACCGCGCCUCCAGUCCACCAAGGCCCGUGUGGAGUUCUCCCUUUCGACCCGGCGGCCGUGGCGGGCUCGGACGUUGACAUCGCUGCCUCGACCUAUGCCAUGGUGUCGUCAUCGGACAAGAGCUACCGACUUGUCUUGGCGUACGUGGCCAACCACCUCUGCCACGUCGAAGGCCAUCGCAGCGUUGACUACAACGCUGGCAAAAAGGUCAGUUCGACCAACUACCUGAACGAAAACGAUGACGAAGAUGCGUACAAUGUGCUCUUGGCCGGCAUUGGGCUGCACAAGUUCUCGUGGAAACACCACACGUUGCACUGUCUGCGGCAGGAAGAAGGCGACCCCGUGGGCACCAACUGCGACGCCGUGCAGAAGGAAAGCCUGUUGCUAUUCGCCCCGAAAGUUGGGUCGGAGAUGAUUUUAAAAACCUUCAUCGACGAGCUCGUCGCGGCCGCCGAAGCCACGAAGAAAGGGUACAUUUGCAUCUCGCGGUGGUCGACCGGGGGCGAGUACUGGGACGAAGGCAAAAAGUUCAAGGCGCGGCCCCUCGCGUCCGUGGUGCUGCCCCAUCAUAUCAAGACCGACCUCCUCGCUGACAUCGACGACUUUGUCAACGACGACAGCAAGGCAUUUUACGCGACCCAUGGCAUCCCAUACAAACGAUCGUACUUGUUUUACGGCGUUCCCGGUGCGGGCAAGACGUCCCUCAUCCAAGCGCUGGCCGGCCACUACGGCCGCAACGUGUACAAUCUUCAGCCAACCCACCCCCACAUGACGGAUGACUCGCUGCAGACUGCGAUGGAGCAGCUCCCAAAGAAGUCGAUAGUUGUGCUCGAAGACAUCGACGCGCUCUUCACCAAAUCGCGCCGGAAAAAGGUGGCGAACUCCUCGCUCACUUUCUCGGGCCUGCUCAACGCACUCGACGGGGUCGGCGGUCACGACGGCCACAUCGUGAUCCUGACGACCAAUUUCCGCGACCAGCUGGACGAUGCCCUCAUCCGCAACGGCCGCGUCGACGUCCACGUGCCGUUUUGCGACACCACGCCAGAUCAGAUGGCCGACAUGUUCGUCACGUACUACCCCCACGAGCCAUGCGAGCGAGGAAACGACUUUGCGCGUGCGCUCGAGGCUGCUCUUGGUCCGAACCGAAAGCUGUGCACGGCGGCCUUGCAGCACUACUUUGUGACGCAGCGUCGGAGCACGGCGGACGGCACGAUUGCCAACGUUGGUCGCGUGGCCCACGAGAUGGACCGACGAAACAAUAUGCAACGACUUGUUGGCGAAAACAAAUAAAGACUGCGAUG